AUGUGCAAGUUAUUAAACUUAUUAGGAUUAGUAGUUGUUUUCCUUUUAUGUGUUUUCACUGGUUCAAAUGCUGAAGGUAUGGGUUCUUGUUCAAGUUGGCAUGUAGCAAGAUCUGGUUAUACCUGUUGGGAUAUGGCAUCUACAUGUGGUGUUUCACUUCAACAAUUCAUGGCAACAAAUGGCUUAAGUUCAAAUGACUGUAAUUACAUCCAAAUUGGUAGAAAAUAUUGUUGUAAUUAA